GCUUGUGUUGUUUACUGCUGCUGCUGGCUGCCUCCCACUCCGCCUGGGCGCGUGUGGCGCAAUCCCCACUCGAAGACGAACUCGAGCUGCCGCCCAUUGUGGAGCAGUCUGAGCUGAUCGAAGGUCGUGCUGCAGCCUGCAGUGUAACCAUACGCGGUGGUCUGCCACAGCCUCAGCCCGUUUAUUUGGAAACCAACUCGGAGAACUUUUAUCCCUUCAACGAUGUCGGCGCUAUGGAAGUUGAAGCGGGCAAAACGCUGCAGCUUUGGUGCCCCAGCGGCUUUGCCACGCAUAGCGCCAAUCUGCUGACCGCCAGCUGUGUGAGCGGCACAACCUUCAAGAUCGAUGGCAGCAACUACGAGUUCAAGGAGCUCACCUGCAAAUCCUGGCCAGGCUUUGUCGCUCUCAAAACAGGCGCCAUCUGCAAUGGCGGCAUUGUGAUACGCGUUGGCUUCAAGAUCAGCGAGUCGCGCUUUGCCGAGCAAAUGCAAAUCUGCUUCAAUGAGCAGGAGGAGGUCACGCGCUAUACGCGUCAUCAGCUCUUCCCGGGCAGCAACUACUACCAGACUGGUGUGGAUCGCAUUACCUUCCAGACUGCUGGUUUCUUUGGCGGCAAGAACGUGGACAAGCUUUACACUCAGGCCACACAGCUGGAGACCAUCAACAAGGAUCUGGGCGGCAAUGCGGGCCAAUAUUUUGACUCCGCCAGCAAUGUUUAUUUGGCACGCGGUCAUCUGGGCGCAAAGGCUGACUUUGACUAUGCGCCCGAGCAGCGCGCCACCUUCCUCUUCAUCAACGCCGGUCCACAGUGGCAGGUGUUCAAUGCCGGCAACUGGGCGCGCGUUGAGGACGGCCUACGCUCCUGGGUGUCCAAGAACAAAAUGAACGUCAACUGCUACACCGGUGUCUAUGGUGUCACCACGCUGCCCAACAAGGAUGGACGUGAGACGCCGCUGUAUCUAGCGCGUGAUGCCAACAACAAUGGACUCAUUCCUGUGCCCAUGCUCUACUUCCGCGUCGUCAUUGAGCCCUCCACGCAUCGCGGCAUUGUCUUUGUCGGCGUCAACAAUCCUCACUUGACAGAGGCGCAGAUACGCAAGGACUACAUCAUCUGCAAUGAUGUCAGCGAUCAGGUCAACUACAUUAACUGGAAGAAGACGGACAUACGCGCUGGCUGGUCCUAUGCCUGCGAGGUCGCCGAUUUCCUCAAGACCGUCAAGACUUUGCCCGCGCUGACCGCCAAGGGUGGUCUGCUGGUCUAAUACGCUUAUCAAUUGAAUUAA